AUGGUCGCCAACGCUGGGCUCGGUCUAGCGACCCUCCUGAUUACUGCCUUCGAUCCCUCCCUACUCAGUGGCCAGCCCUGCUUGUCUCAAAGCUAUUAUGGCAGCUUUUCGGGACGUAGCAUCUUCCGCCCCGACCCCUCUUGCUUGGAAUUGGUAACCGAUUCACUUCCGUCUGGGACGAUAGUACCAGCAAGCAAGGAUAUGGCGCAACUGGUAUGGAUUGAGGAGCAAGCUAUCGACGACUCCUUGAAGUCCCCCUCUGGCGGCUUCGACCUCCAGCUGGAGGAGCUCCUAACCAAGAUCUCAACUUUGGGCACCGCGUACUCUGCGUAUGACUUCGCGGGGGAGCGCGAACAAGUAUUGGGACCUCCCAUCACGCAUUACGAUGUGAUGUACCGCAGCGGUCCAUCUGCCCUGUUGUCUCUCCCCGCCGAUGCUGCCAAAGUCAUCGACACUAUUAUCCCGCCAUUCUGGAAAUCGACCUUGCUUCUCAAGGAGCCCAUUACCUACGUACCCGUCCCCUCUGAUGCCGUCCAGAGGGUUCGAGCGCUCCUUGACUCGGUCAAGUUUGACCCAACGGUGGCCGCAAUCGUGUCGAAUAUCUCCGUUCCCCAGAUGAAGAAUGAUAUCCGCUUCCUCACGGGCGAGGACGGAAAAUCGGGCAUCAUUUCCCGCCACUCCUUCUCCUCGGGCGUCCGCACGGCCGCUGCCUGGCUGUCCGACCGUUUCGAAGACACUGGGGCGACCUGUGAACUGAGACCCUUCCUCGCGGGCUUUGCUCCUAACGUCGUCUGCCGUUACCCUUCGACAGUCAACACCACUGCCACGGUCCUCCUGAGCGCUCAUUAUGACAGCCGUGGGUCCUUUGGGAGCACGCGCGCCCCUGGAGGGGACGAUGAUGGCUCCGGCACGGUCGCGCUCCUCGCGAUUGCCAGGACGAUCGCAAGGAAAGGUAUCACGUUCAGGAGUAACGUGGAGCUAGUUGCGUUUUCCGGGGAGGAGCAGGGUCUACUGGGCUCCAAGGCGUAUGCUCGUGAGAUGCGGGAAGCGGGCACAAACUUGACUUUGAUGGUCCAAGCCGACAUGCUGGCAUACCACGCGCCUGGAGAGCCAGCCCAAUUAGGCCUCCCCGAUUUGAUUGGCACCCCUGAGGUGAGCCAACUGGUGGCGAAUUUGUCGGCGAUAUACAGCCCAGAACUGCAAGUGGGCUUAACCCCGGCAUGCUGCAGUGAUCAUCAAUCCUUCCAUGAGCAGGGUUUCCCUUCAACUCAAGUAUUUGAGCGGGCCGGGCCGAUCAUAGACCCGAUGUACCACAACAGCGGUGACCUGAGCGAGCGCGAGGGGUAUGACUUCGAGCAGCUCAAGUCGAUCGCCAAAGUACAGUUCGCGACGCUGCUCACGGCUGCUGGGUUCGAUCUGCCUGAGUAA